AUGGCGUUGGAUAGCUUCUUUCACAAUAAGAUUGAGAGCAUGAAGCUCGAAAUCAUUCAAGGUCAAGCGGUUCUACGAAGAUUAGAAGCUCAACGAAAUGACUACAACUCAAGAGUGCGACUUCUCCGAGAGGAGCUCGGUUUAUUACAACAACCUGGAUCCUAUGUUGGUGAGGUGGUAAAGGUCAUGGGCACAAAGAAGGUGUUGGUCAAGGUGCACCCAGAAGGCAAAUAUGUCGUCGAUAUUGCGGAUAGUGUCGAUAUCUCAAAACUUACCGUUGGAAAGAGGGUUACCCUUCUAUCGGAUUCCUAUAAACUCGAAAAGAUGCUCCCAUCAUCCGUCGAUCCCCUCGUUUCCCUCAUGAUGGUCGAAAAGGUUCCAGACAGUACAUACGAUAUGAUUGGUGGUUUAGAUCAACAAGUAAAGGAAAUCAAGGAGGUUAUUGAGCUUGGUCUUAAGCAUCCAGAACUUUUCGAAUCUCUCGGUAUAGCACAACCUAAAGGUGUUCUUCUUUACGGACCUCCGGGAACAGGAAAGACUUUGUUGGCAAGAGCUGUCGCACAUCACACCGACUGUAGAUUCAUUCGAGUUUCUGGUUCUGAAUUGGUUCAAAAAUAUAUUGGUGAGGGUUCAAGAAUGGUCAGAGAGCUAUUCGUCAUGGCAAGAGAACACGCUCCAUCCAUCAUCUUCAUGGACGAAAUUGAUUCUAUUGGAUCUUCGCGUGUGGAAGGGUCUUCAGGUGGUGAUUCUGAAGUUCAAAGAACUAUGUUGGAACUACUGAAUCAAUUGGAUGGCUUCGAGCCAACCAAGGGAAUCAAGGUCAUCAUGGCUACCAAUCGUCUAGAUAUUUUGGAUCCGGCACUUUUACGACCAGGGCGUAUCGACAGAAAGAUCGAAUUUCCACCUCCAACUGUCGAGGCCAGAGCCGAUAUUUUACGAAUUCACAGCCGCAGCAUGAAUCUGACUCGUGGUAUCAACUUGACAAAGAUUGCGGAGAAGAUGAACGGAUGUUCAGGAGCUGAGCUGAAGGGUGUUUGCACGGAAGCUGGAAUGUACGCCUUGAGAGAACGCAGAGUUCAUGUCACUCAAGAGGAUUUCGAUUUGGCGACAGCCAAGGUAUUGAACAAGCAUGACGACAAGGAAGUCAGUUUGGGCAAGUUAUGGAAUUUGGAGUCUAGAAUAAUGGUUGGAGAAUGCUACGGCCACGAUAAGGUUUGGGCCCCAGUGAUGAGAUUCAUGAGAAUUGCAAAGUUUCCCUCUUUGGGCAAACGACCAUCGCGUCAAGCGAGUAUGGAUCCACACAACGAUUUAAACCCUCAUGUAGACCAUUUCAUCGGUAUCGAUGUUGGAACUGGAUCAGCCAGAGCGUGUAUCAUUGAUGCUUCAGGAGAUAUCAAGGCCUUGGCUACAGAAAACAUUGGUUUAUGGCAACCGGAAGUUGGAUACUAUGAACAAUCCACAACAGACAUCUGGAGAUGUAUUUGCAUGUGUGUGCAAAGAGCUCUCAGCCAACACAACAUUGACCCAACAACAAUCCGUGGUAUCGGUUUCGAUGCUACCUGUUCCUUGGCAGUAUUCUCAGAAGAUACCGACGAACCAGUACCUGUCACCGGUCCAAACUUCGCAAACGAUGGCAAUGACCGCAAUGUCAUUUUAUGGCUCGACCACAGACCAGUCGAAGAGGCGAAGAAAAUCAACGACACAGAACACAAUUUAUUACGAUACCUUGGAGGAAAGAUGAGCAUUGAGAUGGAAAUUCCCAAAGUUCUAUGGCUUAAGAACAACAUGCCACCUGAGCUCUUUGACCGCUGCAAGUUCUAUGAUUUGGCAGAUGCUUUGACGCACAUUGCAACUGGCAAUGAAAGCAGAUCCUAUUGCAGUACUGUCUGCAAGCAAGGAUUUGUCCCAGUUGGUGUUGAUGGAAGUGUAAAGGGAUGGCAAGAGGACUUCUACGAAGCUAUUGGUUUGGGUGAUCUAACCAAAGAUAACUUCAAGCGAAUGGGAGGAGUAGACGGAGUAAACGGCAAGUAUCUCAGCGCCGGUGAACUUGUUGGUACCCUCAGCGAAAAGGCUGGUAACGAACUUGGUCUCCCAGCUGGAAUUGCUAUCGGAAGUGGUGUUAUUGAUGCUUAUGCUGGAUGGAUCGGUACUGUUGGUGCAAAGGUCAACUUGGGACAAGAUUACCUUGAUACUGGAGCACCCAAGAACGACAUUUCCCAAGCAUUCAGCCGUCUUGCAGCUGUAGCUGGAACUUCUACCUGUCAUUUGGCUAUGUCUCGCGAACCUGUCUUCGUAGAUGGAGUUUGGGGUCCUUACCGAGACGUUUUGCUUCCUGGCUACUGGAUGGCAGAAGGUGGCCAGUCUGCGACUGGUGAACUUCUCAAGCACGUCUUAGAGACUCAUCCAGCAUAUAACGAAGCCAUGUCCAUGGCAGAAUCAUUCAACACCAGUAUUUAUGAUUACCUAAAUUCCCAUCUUGAGGAACUGAAGGAGAAGGAAAAUGCUCCAACCAUCUCAUAUCUUGGACGUCACUUCUUCUUCUACGGUGAUCUCUGGGGUAACCGCUCACCAAUUGCCAACCCAAAGAUGACUGGUUCAGUUAUUGGACUUACCAACGACCGCAGCAUGGACGGUCUAGCCAUUUACUACUACGCAACCAUGGAAUUCAUUGCCAUGCAAACACGUCAAAUCGUCGAAACCAUGAACAGUGCAGGUCACUCCAUCACCUCCAUCUUUAUGUCGGGCUCCCAAUGUCAGAAUAAGAUUCUCAUGGAACUUAUGGCUACUACAUGCGCUAUGCCAGUUCUGAUCCCAAGAUAUGUACACGCAGCUGUUGUUCACGGUGCCGCCAUGCUGGGAGCCAAAGCCGCUAGUGCAGAUAAGGAGGGCAAGACAGAAGAGUUGUGGAGCAUCAUGGAUAGAAUGAGCAAGCCGGGCAAAGUAACCAGACCAGGAAAGAACGCCAAUGAGAAGAAGUUGUUGAAUGCUAAGUACAAGGUAUUCCUUGAGCAGUGCAAUACACAACAGGUCUACAGAGAUCAAGUCGAUGAAGCGAUUGAGGGCUGGAGCGCUGAGUAA